GUUCAGGCGGUCGCCAUUUUGGAAGCGCGGUGUGCCCGUAAUGUCGACGCACCAGCGGGCUUCGGACAACGACGCGUGGGCCCUCCUGGCCCUCAAGUCGGCCCCUUCGAGCCCGUCGCGACUCCAGUGGAACCCGGAACGCACGGGUGCGGCCAUCGCGAAGCUCGAAGGUCGCGAGUUCGAGUACCUGAUCCGCCAGAAGCGCAUCUCCAUCGGCCGCAACAGCAGCCGCGGCGAGGUGGAUGUAAAUAUGGGCCACUCCAGCUUCAUCUCACGCCAGCACCUCGAGAUUUUCUACGAGUGCGCGCACUUCUUCAUGGUUUGCAACGGCAAGAACGGCGUAUUCGUGGACGGCGUGUUUCAGCGAAAGGGCGCAGCGCCCUUGCCGCUGCCCAAGACAUGUGUUUUCCGCUUCCCGAGCACCAACAUCAAGAUCAUGUUCCAGUCACUGGUGGACGAGGUGGGGCCCGUGAGUGGCGGCGGGGCCGCUCCACCGCCUCCACGCCUGGAGGCGGGGCCCCUGGCCGCCUCUCCGCGGCAGCCACCUCCCCCCCAGCUGGCACCGCACCACCUGCCGCGGCCACUCGCCCCGCUCAAGAUCAACAUCCCGGAGCCCGAGUCCAGCUUCACCAGCCCCCUUCCAUCGCCAACAGGCACACUCAGUGCGGCUAAUUCCUGUCCUGCGAGUCCUCGGUCGGGCAGCCAUCGUCGUAACAUCACCUCCGACCUGCAAAUGGCUGCGGCAGCCGUGGAGAGGCACGAGGAGGUUCCGACCACGGGCUCCAGCUCAAGUGGACCAGCAUCUCAUAACAGCAACAACUCUGGGCCGGGGAGUGGUCCAGAUGGGGACCAGAAGCCGCCCUACUCGUACGCGCAGCUCAUCGUGCAGGCCAUCUCGUCGGCACAGGACAAGCAGCUGACGCUGAGCGGCAUCUACUCGUACAUCACCAAGAACUACCCCUACUACCGCACUGCCGACAAGGGAUGGCAGAACUCAAUCCGGCACAACCUGAGCCUGAACCGGUACUUCGUCAAGGUUCCCCGGUCGCAGGAGGAACCGGGCAAGGGUUCCUUCUGGCGCAUCGACCCCCAGUCGGAAGUCAAGUUGGUCGAACAGGCGUUCCGCAGACGGCGGCAACGAGGGCUGCCCUGUUUCCGGACGCCCUUCGCCUCCUCGAGGUCGGCGCCGGCGUCGCCAAGCCACGGUGCGCACAGCGGCCUGGUGACGCCGGACUCGCUGUCACGAGAGCCCAGUCCUGUACCGGAAGGCAUGGGUCCCGAGGGGGCUCCGAGCUCCCCCCUGCAGCCGCCUGCCACCAUGAUGGCCAUUCCCCCCGGCCUGGCGCCCCCGCAGGCUUCGUACUUGGCGCGCGAGAUCAAGGCCAGCCAGUCGGCACCAGGCUCACCAGGUGGCGCCCACCAGUUGGGUGGAUCCCCACUCAUGCCGGCGUUCACCAACAGCAAACCUAAGGUGCUGGUGGCCCACCAGCCGUCGGUCGUCUCGAACGGCGUCCUCAAAAGCAAUGGCAUGCGCAGCGACUCGCCAAGGCUCGACCAAGAGCGCAGUUAUCCCCGGGGUCCGCCCGAGCUGUUCUACCAGCCGAAGCCGCUGGGGCUGUCCACCGCGGAGCAGGUUCCCUCCUCCUCCGCCUCCUCUUCUCCACCCCUCCACCCAACGAGCGUCAUCGUGCAGGCUCCAUCGUCCACCUUCGCCCAGCCGCCCACUCCGGACUCCUCCUCGUCGCCGCCCGCAGCGGCGGCUCCCCUCCCGACGCAUCCGCGCAAGCGCCACUAUGAGAUGGCCACCUCCUCAUCGUCCUCCGCGACGCCGGCCACAUCAACCCCCACCUCCACCUCUUCCACGGGCAGCGCCGCCAGUCGGGACCGGGAAACCAACUCCCCCGCGCGGCCCCCGCCGUCGAAAGUCCACCGGAGCGGUUCAGACGAGUCGGAGUCCCCGCCAGUCUCCACCACUUCGUCGUCUCCGACGGCCGUGACGGCAUCCGCCACAGACUCUGCCUCCUCUUCUUUAUGUUAAUGGUGGCAUCACCCGUUGAAUUGUUUUUUUUUUUAAUUAUUAUUAUUAUUUGCUGUGUUACCACCAUCCCCUUAUUCUUCCUCUGCCCUCCCUCCCCCCACUGGAUGCUGCUGCUGAUUCCUGUCUUAUCUUUCCCUGCUGUGCUCUUUAUCAGUCAUAGCAAUUGAACUGUAGCUCCCCGAAAAACUGAAGGAAAAAAAAGAGAGACCUUUCGUAGAGCCGAACUUUGCUUCCCUUUCCCCUCUUCGCGGGCCUCUCAACAUUGAGCGCUUCGUGCUGCAUGACUGCUCUUGUGAGGCCGGAAUAUUUGUUGCCUUCCUCGCCCAUAGGCAUCGCCAUUUCUUUAACUCCUUUGUGUUUUUUAAGCAGUUUUCCUGCAAUCUUUUUCCCUUUUACUAGAUCACAGUUUGUUUGUUUUUUUAUUAAAACACGUCUCAUCUUUUUCAUCCGACAUCCUAUUGCCAUUUACCGUUACAACUAUUCGGCAGUUCCUCCUGCCCGCAGAGGUGAGGGUCGGACCUGUAGCGCAAGCCGUUGACGCAGCACUGAAAGUGUACGCACGCAGUAUCCCCCACCCCCACCAUUUUCACAUUUUCUUCUCUCUUUCCUGUCUGGUAGCAUCUUUUUGACGCUUCUCCGUCAUCAAACCGCAUCACGCACUCACCUGCACUUUCCAAGCUGUCAUCCGAUACACUUAAUCCUCCUUUAUUUUUCUUUCUUGUCAAGGUUCCACGUCAACACAUUUGACGGUGCUCUUACCCGGCACCUAUGUUUCCUCGAAACACUCGACGCUUGAUUGGUUGCUACGGACAGUCUGGUGAAGCGGCAGGGAAGGGUGUGGCACUUGCAGAGGUUGUCAUCGUUUCCAGUGCCUCGUACCGCUGUCGCAUGGGCACCUUUUAUCGUGAUUGAGGCUGAUCAAGAUUAGGCUUGAUCUGGAUCAGGUUCCUCUAGAUGGUCGCUUUUAAUCGCAGUCAGGGCCGAUCACGGUUUGACAGACUGCUCCGCCUAACUCGAUCUGCAUUAGUUUGGACAGCGUAGCGGCCACCAUUGUUGAUUGCUAUCAGUAAAUCUGAUAAGGAUCGGCCCCGAUCGCAGUCAAAAGUGCCUGUGUGACACUGGUAUCGAUCAUCAUUGUUCGUCUCUCUUGUCUUUCCGCUCAUUGUGUUCUACCCUUCGCGGCAGAGUGCAACAACACCUUCUCGCGGAGGCAACCAUUCUUGCCCACCUCUCUUCACACUCGCGCCAUUCUUCUCUAGGCAAACGAUAAUGAGUGCUUUCUCGUUCCCUUCAUGGCUCGCGUUAGCCAACGCGUUGUGCUGCUGCCGUACUCUACUCGUGCCUGGUGUGUGUUCGGCAUUGCACUUGGUUUCUUGCGGCGAGCAAGAGGAGCAAGCUGGCCGUCAGCAGAUCUUGGGACAUACUGUGUCAUCGCGCUGUGACUGACCGGCAAUGGCAUGAUGAAUGGCUAGGUCGUGACGAUUGGCUAGGUCGUGACGAAUGGCUAGCUGGCUCGCUCUGUAACCGAGAGGCCGGCAACCCUUAGCGUGUCUUCUUGGGGCACGCACACAGCUGUGAAAAUUGUACAAACUUGCGGCUUUGACCGGCGAUUAACAACUGCCAUCGCAGGAGCCGUGGCUCUUUUUUUUUUUUAGGCUAGUGUACAUUGACGAGGCGGGUAGAGGUGCCAUGGGAGGACAGAUUAGCCUGUGGUGGGGUGCGUUCUACGUGGCGACAGCAGUGGCGAUGGGCAACGGUUUGGGCGCGGCAAGUGGUCCUCAGAGUUGAGAAGUGUGGCGUAGAGGCGAACGACGACGUGCGUUGUAUCAUGUACAGAUAGAAGUCUUUAGAAGAGGCCCUGAUGCUGGCAAAGAGCUUGGCAGAGUGAGUGUACAGUGUAUGAGAGACGUGGUAGGCCAUUUUUUUGGCAAUGACGACGCGAGGGGAUGGUGUGAUCCACAGUUUAGGAGAUAAAAAAGAGCUUGUGCCAUUCUUGCAAGGGGGACCCUCGUUUCGCUUCCAGAGCGUGGGAGGAUCCUCGGUGUAGCCUUUCCAAAACGGAAGGGUGUUAGAGAGUGCGCGGCGUGUUUUUUGAUGGAUAAGGCUUAUGUCUCGACGGUUGUGGAGACGUGUUUGGUGUGGCAGGAGAAGAGACCUGUUGCCGAUGGCUUUGUGUUUUUUUGGUGCUGAGUGGUAUUUCUACAUGGAGGGUGGGGGGGGAAGGGGUGGCGCGACAAAAGGCAGCAACGCGCUUUUUUCAUCUUACAUUAGACUUAGUAUAUUUGUUCGUUCUGUGGGGGAUUUCGUAACUUGUAAAAAAAGAAUUUCUUUUUCGUGAAAGUUCUUCGGAGCACACACACAUAGGGCUUUGCUAGUCAUGCGCCCCGCUGCCUUUUUGAAGUCGCAAUUUCCGCACCGCUUUAGGAGACCCAUUGCUUCUAGCCUGUCCGAUGUCACGAGGGGGGGGGGGGGGCACAAUGGGGAUAUCGAGAUGCAGUGGGGGGAUAUGACUGCUUAAGAAACGAGCAAGUUACGGUCCAUUCGGUCACCCACCCCUAAACACCCCCCCCUAACCCCCCCCCCCCUCUAACCCACUCCCAUUUUGAGCGACAUUGCUUUGGAUUCGGCUAGGAGUAAGUCUCCCUUCCCCCUUGUACACCGUCAUGUCAGUCGUUCGCUUAACCGAGGCCUAACUACUAGUGACUAGCAGCGGUUAGAGACUUGUUGUUGCCUCCCGCCCACUGUUGUUUCGUGCCAGCACGAGUUUCUGUCGAGAGAAAAAACAUUCUGAGGGAGGCCAGUACAUUUUUUUUUUUUUUCUGCUAUUGCGAUUUAAGCCGCUCAUGAGAAAGCUGUUGGAAAUAUUCAUGAAGUGAGAGAGGUCGUUCGUCCCCUCCGAGGUGUUGGGGAGAGAUUUUUCUUUCUCUUUUUUUCUUAUAUCGUAUUUGUUGCUUUGCUUGGCGAAGGCUGUUGGUUGACGAGUGUACAUAAGACUUGGAACGUAGAGGGAGCCGUUGUGCGUGCCAGUUGGUCUAUUUUUAAGAGAUAAGAUGAAUUAAAAACGAGAGAACGAAGUCGUAUAUGAAGUGUGCAGUGUUUGUUGCAUAGUACAGAAAAAAAAAAAAAGGAAUGUAUUGCUUAACCUGGCUCUUCGUAUUUCCUGUCUGUGUGACCUCUUGUUACCCUUUCCCCUUUCUCGUCACUCUCCAUCGUCGCAUCGUAACAUAACGCUGGACAACUUUUAUUUUCUCCCUUUCUCUCCACUUCAAAACUUUGGCCGUUGCAGUCCACAUGGUGAUAGGACGUUGUAGGAACAUUUAAGCAAAUUGUUUGUACAUAUAAAUAUUGAAUAGCCGCGCAGCCGCUCGCUUCCCGAAAACGAGCCCGACCUCGGGCUUGAGCCAGGAGCGUUUGCAAAUGGAAGUCUGCAGUCUUAAGAGAGCAGCUUGUUUGUUACGCUAUGUUCGUUUCCGUUUUUUCUGGCUCCUAACAAGCAGCAGGCGAGGAAUAAAGCGUACGCUUUCGCGUCACCUACCGCGAUAAGUUUCCUUUCGUCGCGUACGCUUUGCCGAGAGGGUUUGUCGGGUGCUUACUUUUGCGCUUGGCUCUAGCCGGGUAACAGAGAGCCGGCAGAAGCAUCGUAUAGGUUGGCGUUAAGUAAGGCUCGCCUCUUUCUGCAUGAUGAAUUAGUGUUUUUUUUUUCUUUGUAGAUAGUUUGUUUAUUAACAGAUCUUAACGCUUAUAGUAUAAGGGUGGGGACGCUACUGGUCAUGAUAGCACCAAAGAAACGUUCCUCGGGAAAAAUUGAAAAGAAAAGAAAGAGCGUUGUUAGAAAAGAGAAGGUUAAUUGGAGCAUUCGUGUUUAGUGUUUCCCACUGAAAUGGUUGUCACGCCACCCUUAUCAGUGCAAGAUGGCCACUCGUGACGGUCCUUUAAAGUUUCGUCGCGGUCAGUGUAGUAGACUAUUGCGGUAACCUGUCGUUAUGAUGACUUUGCAAGCCUUCGAGGGGCUCUGUUGAUCGAGCGGUUUCUGGUAAAUUUUUUUUCCUGUUCUUCAUCAUCUUAAUGCGUUUAUUAUCAUCUUAGCAAUUCAAUCGAAGUGUCUGUAUUACCGUUUUUUGUUUUUUUCCUUCGAAUUCUAGCGAGUCUACUCGCUUCGCUGUUGCUGAAACGUUCUACCGCGCAGCACACAUAACAUCGUCACAACACGACUGUUUCUUUGUUUUCUCUUUUUUUUUCAUGUGGUCAGUGCUCCACGUAUUCUUAGAGCUUUCUUCACUAUUUUUUUUCUUCGCAAUAAGAUCGCACUGGGACGUUUCUUGUAGAGGUCAGUCGUCUUGACCAGAGGAAUGUUUAUUGCGCGAGAGCCCGAGUUGGGCAGUUCUCGUCUUUAUUUUUUUGGUGUUCCCGUGUUUUCUUUUUCCGAUGGACCUUGUCCCCAUGUUCCCCCUAUCCUCACAUCUCUUUGAAAGAAGAAAAGAAAAAAAAAAGACAUGUCACCAGAACAAAAACACCUGAAAAACAAAACAAGGCAACACCUUUUAAAAUAAAUUUAUUCUUUGUUGACACA